CGACGGGGAGAGAAUAAGUAGUGUAGCUUUAUACCUGAGGGAGGCUUUUUGAUUUUGGAAGUGAGAGUGGACAGACGGCAGGCCAGCCACCGAGUGAAACUCUAAAUAAAAUCUAUGGGUAUGCGGCAAUUUCCGUCAUUGUUGUGUUCUUGUACGUCUAACCCACCGUACGUAGCCAACUGACGUGUUGGUUAUAUAUAUAAUAUCUAAACUGUUUAUAUAUAUAUAUAACUAUAUAUUCACCGUAUUCAAAAAACGUAGGCAAAGUCGUUUCAUUUGAGCAGUUAUACGUACCGAUCUCACACACGUACACACUCACACAUUAGUAUCUCCCCCUUCACUAUAUAGAAAUUAAAUGUCAUACGAGUUCUCAAUUACCUGUUGAGUUAGAGGAAAAAUAUCAGGAGUAUGUAUAUGUGUUUCAAUGUUUAGCUACACCAAGGCCGCGUGAAUAAGCAUAAUUAUUGAUGCAAUGGAAGUGGCAGAUAUAAAGUUGACAAUAAAAUAUGGCAGUCCCUGAUCAGCUAGUCUAUGUUGCAGCAUAUUUCUUUAUUCUUAGAGGACCGCAUCGUGAGCAAAUUCUAAUUAUUGUUCUUACCUGGAAAGCUGAAGGCUUUGAAAUUCGAUACCCGAGUGGCGCAACAUCUUUUCCACUAUAUAUUGGACCAGUCGUUGAAUCUUGAUCUGAAGUGGGAUGUUGAAGAUAAAGGCAGUAAUGGAGAACAGGUGUAGUCAUUUAAAAAAAAAAGAAAAAGUAUGGCCCCAGAAAAGUACAGUCUACAACACCAAAAGGGUGUGGCGGUUACAGAAUGGAACUUCCACGUACUGCUUUUAGUCGAGAAUCUAAGGGAUAUGAUGAAGCUGUGAUCGAGUCGAACGAUCGUUGAAAAUAUUUCUUCACAACUAUAAGCAUGUAAAGGGUACUUGAGUUCACUGAUUAGUUUGAGAGACAGCACGCCAUGGCGUAUACCGGCGAGAAGGAACGUGCAGUCGUGUAGUAUAACCUUUCACCUCAUUCCACAUUAGUGCCAGGAAAGCUGCGAGCUGCAAGAAAGAUGGAAAAGAUUAGGAUAGAAAUGGAAGUCAUUACAAGCCAGUGAACAUUUUCGCGAAUGUGAGUGUUGCCCAAAGCUGGCCCGCUCGCCCAUUAUUGGCAGAAGUUUGUCGGGGCACGAAUAUUACGGGUAUCCGUUUUGACUGAGAAGAAUCCCAGAAUCCCAGAAUUCUCUGUGGAAAUGGAAAACAUGGCGUCGUCGGAACUGGACGUAAUGGAGACAAGCAUGAUGUCACAUUUAUCAACAAUGUCAGCACCUGCACAUUUGUCCAUGCGUGAGAAGUCUCAGCUGAAGAGACAGAUCACAAAGGAGCACAACAGCAAUUUCCGAGCUGGAUUUGUUUCAGUUAAUGAGGAUUACCUGCACAAAGCAGGGAUUCGUGGUAGAAAGAGAUAUAUUUUGUAUGUGCUACUUGUGGUGCUGUUAACUGUGGCCAUUUUAAACACAGCGCUCACAGUCUGGCUCAUGUGGAUUUAUCACAUCUCACAUAUUGGUAUGGAACCACUGGAACUUGUGCAGAUUCCAGGAGGUUCUCUAACACGCUUUAUGGACACUACUUGGUUUGAUUCUUUGUUGCUCAAUGGAGUCUUCCUUGGAAGCCGCUACAAGCAAGAUCUUGUGUUACAAACUGUCAAUUCAACAAUUAUUUUAUCUACAUCUCGGAGCAUGAAUGAUUCUAUGGUUAUGGUGAGAGAGGAUGGAAUAGAGUUCAGAGUGGGAGAUUUACAACUUGUCACUCCAUCUGGAAAAGAAUUCUUCUCACUUCAAAACCCAAGGAUUGACAGGCUGAUGAAUGUUUCAAACCUGUUUUCUCAUGUUGUGGAAACUAAAGAGAUAAAAAAUGUUCCAAAUUUUAAGGACCUGAGCAUAGAAUCUUUGGAGCGAAUCACCAUUGAGGGUUCAAAAGGUGUGGAAUCUGAGAGCAGGAGAGAAACCAUAUUACAGGCAAAAAAUGUUUCCAUCAAUGCAAUAAAAGGAGCUGUGAAAAUUGAAGGUCAUGUGGGUAUAUACAUCAGCAACCUUAUUCCACAAAUAAAGGCAGGGUCUCCAGGCAAUUUAUCUGUUACCAGUGCCAAGCUUUGUGUCUGUAGUAAGACAGGCCGACUUUUUGUAGUUCACAUCAGAGAGCCUGGAAUGGGGUGUCACACCAUUAGUGAAGACCAGAAUCCCUGUUUGGCUUAAUAGUGUUUAGAUGCAUGCCUGCCUCGUUGUGCGUCUGUGUGUGUGUGAGAGAGAGGUAGACUAUUAAUGCAUCUAGACUGCUUUUAAAUUGUUUGAAAUUAAAUGAAAUCAUAAAUUUGUUAAAUAAUGCAAUAAUUUAUUUGCAAAUGUAUUUAUUUUCACUAAAAAUGUCUGAGAGGGUGCUUCUCAACACAUGCCAGUGUGUGUACAUAUGCCUAUAUUAUUGCACAUUCAUGUGUUCAUGGGUAUAUAUAUAUAUGCAAGAAGAUCAAAGAAGUGAGGUAGUAGAGGGCUAUAUUUGCUUUAAAAUAGUAAGGUUAGUUAUGUUUAUGCCUCUUGCAAUAUGAAAAUUUUAUGUAUGCAUAUUAUAGAUUUGUACACACUCAUAUACAUGUCUUUACUGUAUGAUAAAUAAAAUAAUUUAUACAGUGAUCUUGCUUUCUUUUAAAACAUAUAAAGUACCUUGGGUGACUUAAAAGCUUUUUUUCCUACUUAUUUCUACUUUGAUACUGCAAAGAAUUAAUGUUUAUUAUAAAGUUAUUUUUAUAAAUUGCAGGGAAGUGAUCUAAUGUUAUACUUCAGCAUAGAUUUAUAUCUUACAUACAUGUAAUAUAUCUUUUUGCAAUGAAGGUAUUUCUUGCUGCCUAUGCCAUGUAUUUAAUGUACAGAUAUAUAGUGUGCUCGGUGGUAAGACCACAGUUGUUUACUGCCAUGCAGUAUAACUUUAAACAAUGUCAUCUUAAUGUAAUUAUGAUAUCAAAUUUGUGCUGGUUUUCUUGUCACAGAGUACUGCUUCUACUCCCCAGCAAACACGAAUACUUGGGCCAAGCUAAAAACAUAGUGUUUGCUGGGUCAUUUGUCUGAAAUAGGAUGAAUGUAUCAGCCUCAAAUGGGGUUCCCAGUCACUUAAUCCCCAGACACUUCAUCCCCGACACUUCAUCCCCGACACUUCAUCCCCUAGACUUUUAAUCCCCAGACACUUCAUCCCCAGACACUUAAUCCCUAAACUAAAUC